AUGGUUCGUGCUUGGUAUAUGGACAACGACAGUGCUAGUGAUAAGAAUUUACCUCAUCAAAAAAUACCAGGCGAAUAUAUUAAUAUAAAUGAUUUAAAUAGUUCACUUGGCGUUAAAUAUUAUAAAAUUAAUAUUGCUACCAUUGAUACAGACGGUGUGUUAGACAAGAUAAAGGAACAAAAUGGUUGCCACUACGAAGACGAAAUAACCACGGAAAAAUGUUUACAGAACAAUGGAGAAAUGUCCAAAAUUUUUUACACUGAACACCUUCAUAAGGAUGACGAAAUUCGUUUAUGUGUUGAGGGAUCUGCUUAUUUUGAUGUACGAGAUAGGAGUGAGGAGUGGGUUAGAAUUGAAAUUGUACCAGGAGAUUUGCUGAUAUUACCAAGUGGAAUCUACCAUAGAUUUACUUUGGAUACUCAGAAUCAUAUCAGAUUAAGAAGAUUUUUUAUUUCGGAUGCCAAUUGGUCUUCCUUUAACAGACCUAGUGAUAAUAUGGAUUGCCGUAAGAAUUAUGUUCAGAAAUUACAAAAUUAA